AUGGCUGGAGGUAAAGCUGGAAAAGAUUCUGGAAAGGCGAAGGCAAAGGCCGUUUCACGUUCAGCUAGGGCUGGUCUACAGUUCCCUGUUGGUCGUAUCCACAGACAUCUAAAGAACAGAACUACAAGCCAUGGGCGAGUAGGAGCUACAGCAGCAGUAUACAGUGCAGCCAUCCUUGAAUACCUCACCGCUGAAGUGCUUGAGUUGGCAGGCAAUGCCAGUAAAGAUCUGAAGGUAAAGAGAAUCACUCCCCGUCAUUUACAGUUGGCCAUCCGUGGUGAUGAAGAAUUGGACUCCUUAAUCAAAGCUACUAUAGCUGGUGGUGGUGUAAUCCCACAUAUUCAUAAGUCACUUAUCGGCAAAAAGGGCUCCAAGGCAGCAUAG